AUGGCUGACAUCGCGUUCGCAACUCCAUCCCCUUUGGCAAAGCUCAGCUUCACGCCCAUCAUCAAGGACGACCUAAAGCCAGCAACUCCAGCUAAAUCCGAAAUAUUUAACCCGGACAAGCAUCUUGCAUUCGUCAACGAUCCCAAGAAGCUGUCUCUCAAAGAUAUUUCGCUGCCCGAGGACAUCGGAAUCUCCCCAGUUGCCUGCUCGGAGCCGUUCCCUCUCUUCACUGAAGAGGCCAUCCAGCACAUGAGGCAAGAGAUCUUCACAACCGAGGUCUGGGAAAACUGCCUGCACAGCACCAGAUUCGCGCCCUGUCAGCUGCGUGGCCACUGUCCAAAGUAUGCGCCUUUUAUGAACCAGGCGUGGAACGAUUCAAAGACUCUGGCUGUCAUUUCGCAGGUCGCCGGGGUGGAUCUCAUCCCCAAUAUUCAGUACGAAGUCGGCAAUAUCAACAUAUCCGUUCAGAGCAAAUCCAGCGACCAGGAGAAGGCUCAAGCGAAGGCUGGGGACAACACUUCCGUGACCAAGUGGCAUUACGAUGCCUUUCCUUUCGUGUGCGUUGUCAUGAUGAGUGAUGCGACGAACAUGGUAGGCGGGGAAACAGCUAUCAAGACAGGAACGGGAGAGAUCCUAAAGGUUCGGGGCCCGCAGAUGGGGUCGGCAGUCAUCCUUCAAGGGAGAUAUGUCGAACAUCAAGCUCUCGCAGCCAUCGGUGGUGCCGAGCGUAUCACUAUGAUCACAUCUUUCCGUCCCCGAAACCCAUGCAUCAAGGAUGACUCAGUCUUGACUUCUAUCCGACCGAUCUCGGAGCAUUCAGAGCUCUACUACCAAUGGGCCAAGUAUAGGGUUGAGGUGGUGCAGGAACGGCUCCACGCAUUUCUGAAGACUCUUGAGGAAGACCAUGUAGGGGAGAAGCCAACAGAUGUACGGAAAAUCAAAGAGUUCCUGGCUCAGCAGCAAGACUACAUUGGUAUCACUGAUAAAGAGAUCGUGGAGACGCGAGGACCGCACCUACAUUGGGAGGGAAGUUGA